AUGUCAGCGACGCCGCCGCCCAAGAACUCGUUGCUUGCGACUUUCUUGCGAUUGCCCCCUCGACAGCGUAUCAUCAUAUCUGCUUCGCUUAUGGGAGUCUCAUGCGCCGGAUUGUACGUCACCGAUAAAGUGGAACGCACCAUUCUUGAGCGACAGAAGGCAGAAAAUACAGUCGACAAGCUGGGCAUUGAUGUUGUUACGCAUGGGCAGAGUGGCAGUGAUUAUAGGAAUCUGGAGACUCGAGGCAGUAGUACCGAUGCUGUGCGCAUCAUGGACGCAAAACGAAAAGCCGAGCAGUGA